AUGACCGUUAAAAGGAAAGCAAACAGUUGGUUGGUUAAUGUUGAGAGACAAGAACCAAUGAGAACCCUGACAAUAUCUGGAGCACAAAAAAAAAAACAUGGAGAAUCCGAUAACAAUAAUCCUAAUCCUAAAACUAACCUUAAAAACAAACUUUGUGAUUCUUUUUUUAGAGAUGGCGGUGAAUUUAGCAAAGCUCUUGUAACGCAAAAACUGAUAAGUGGCCUAUCACACAUUCAAUAUUCCCAAAUUGAUAAAAUUUCGGAACUUUGUUAA